AUGUUUUUCCUACUGCUUCAGAUGCUGUUGAUUUCACAGCUUGGAACAGUAGAGCCAAGGGGUGGAUUGCAAAAGAAAAAGAUGAGAAUUCCACACCUCCUGCCUCGAGAUGCGCUAAUGAAAUAUCCAAUGGACUACGAAGGAACACUGGCAGAUCCUGGUUUGUUUGAACACCUAUUGGCAGAAAUGGAAAACGGGAAACAAGAUAGCCCAAGAAUGGCUAAGUUCAUUUCCCCAUAUAUUGUUAACCCUACAGCUCAAGAUUUUGGAAGCUGGGCUCCCACAACUGCAUCCCCACACCAAGAGGGCACAAAAAAUCUACCUUCUCACCCACACAGUAAGAGGGAAGCAGAAUCGCCCUUGAAGAAAGAUGCCAAGAAGUUCUGGGACAUUUUUAUGUUGAAAACCAAGUCAAGGUCUGAAGAGAUUGUCCUCCCAAUCAAGACCAAAGAAAUGUACCAGGAUACCUGUAGUACUCUUCCCUUUUCUCAGAGCAUAGUACAUGAGAACUGUGAGAAACUGGUGAUAAAGAACAAUCUGUGCUUUGGAAAAUGCAGUUCUUUCCAUGUUCCUGGUCUGGAAGAUCGUCUUUACACCUUCUGUUCUCACUGCUUGCCUACCAAGUUUUCCAUGAACCGUUUGGAGAUGAAUUGCACCACGGCUGCUCCCGUUAUCAAGGUGGUUAUGCUGGUAGAAGAAUGCAAGUGUGAAGUUCAGAAAAUGACAGAACCUGAUAUAGGAUUUCUACACUCGGAUCUGUAUGCCAAGAUGUAUGAACACAACUGAGCCUUUCAAAACUGCCUUUAUCCUCAAUAUAAUUUAUCAUUAGCAAGAGCCAAAAAGCCCACUAAAUGCUAUGACAACA